AUGUUUUUGAAGGAUAACAAUACUAACGGCUACCACCAUCAACCACCACCUCCACCAUCGGAAAUGGUGCAUAAUCACAUCAACAGAGACAGAGCCCGUCGUGUCAGUCGCUGCUCACGUGUUUCCACCUCUAAUUCCCUUGUUAGGGUUUCCGAUACCGUACAACCUCAACACCUACAACAGUCUAAUCGAUCUCCUUGCACAGAUUACGAUAUGGCGUAUUUUCAUUCCUAUGCUCACCUCGGUAUUCAUCAAGAGAUGAUCAAGGAUCGUGUGCGGACGGAUACUUAUAGGGAAGCAAUCAUGCGGCAUCAGAGUCUUAUCGCUGGCAAAGUUGUAGUUGAUGUUGGGUGCGGUACAGGAAUCCUUUCUAUAUUUUGUGCUCAGGCUGGUGCAAAGCGGGUGUAUGCAGUUGAUGCCAGUGACAUUGCUCUGCAGGCAAAUGAAGUUGUUAAAGCAAAUAACCUUUCUGAUGUUGUCAUUGUAUUGCAUGGACGAGUUGAGGAUGUUGAAAUUGAUGAAGAGGUGGAUGUUAUAAUUUCAGAAUGGAUGGGCUAUAUGCUUCUAUAUGAGAGCAUGCUUGGGAGCGUUAUUACUGCCAGAGAUCACUGGCUCAAACCUGGUGGUCUUAUUCUUCCUUCGAGUGCAUCGUUGUACAUAGCUCCUGUCACACAUACGGACAGAUACAGUGACAGCGUCGACUUUUGGCGCAAUGUUUAUGGAAUUGACAUGUCUGCCAUUGUAUCAUUAGAAAAACAAUGUGACGUAUAA